GGUCAUCGAACCGGGGUUACUGUUCUACCACGAAGACCACUGGUGGUGAUGUCUUUCUGAUAAACCGAUUCUUUAUUCUGUCAUAUAAUCUCUACAAACUGACAGAGUAACAGCCACAUGAUGGAAACAGAGUGAGUAGACACAGAAAGAGAAAACAAGACGAUUGUUGCUGCUAGGAAAUAAAUGGCGAUUCCGAUGACAAGAAUAAUGGUUCCUCAGGCAAGCUCUUCGCUUCGUCUCUCCCAUCUAACUCUAUCCAAACCCACUCGCGUUGAUUCCCUCUGCCGCUGUGCUCCAUCAGAACUCCAACCACUUCGGUCUGGACUCUCUCUGUCUGCAGGAGUUCACGCUAUCCCGCAUCCAGAUAAGGUAGAGAAAGGUGGGGAAGAUGCUCUCUUUGUAAGUAGCUAUAGAGGUGGUGUCAUUGCUGUGGCGGAUGGUGUUUCCAGCUGGGCUGAACAAGAUGUUGACCCUUCCUUGUUCUCAGAAGAGCUCAUGGCUAAUGCUUCUCGUCUAGUUGAUGAUGAAGAGGUGAGAUAUGAUCCUGGUUUCCUAAUUGACAAAGCUCAUACCGCAACUACUUCCAGAGGUUCUGCUACAAUUAUUGUAGCCAUGCUUGAGGAAGUUGGUGUUCUGAAAAUAGGCAAUGUUGGAGACUGUGGACUUAAGCUUCUCCGACAAGGCCAGAUCAUUUUCUCGACUACUCCACAAGAGCAUUACUUUGACUGUCCCUAUCAACUUAGCUCUGAAGGGUCUGCUCAAACAUAUCUAGACGCCUCGCAGUUUAACGUAAUGGAAGUAAAGAAAGGAGACGUGAUCGUGAUGGGUUCAGACGGGCUUUUCGAUAACGUAUUUGAUCAUGAGAUUGUUAAUAUAGUGACCAAACAUGCAGAUGUGGCUGAAUCAUCGAGAUUACUAGCUGAAGUGGCGAGUAGCCAUUCAAGAGAUCCAGGCUUUGAGUCUCCAUAUGCACUGGAAGCAAGAGCCAAGGGGUUUGAUGUUCCGCUCUGGAAGAAGGCAUUGGGAAUGAAGCUUACAGGAGGGAAGCUUGAUGAUGUGACUGUAAUCGUUGCCCAAGUGGUGGACUCUUGAGUCUUAAGUGAUCAUUUUUCUCAUUAUUCUUUUGUAAAAUGAAACUUGUCAUUUGUAUUGGAGCAUCUUAUCAAAGAAAUUGAAUCUUUAUCCUUGUGAA